UUUCCAUAGUCAGUCCUCAACUCCCAACUUCUUAGCUUCCCUUCAUACUUCUGAGAGUACCCUCUUCACUCUUAAAGCCCUACACAUAACAAAUAUAAUAUAUAUAUAUAUUUACGGCAGAGAUGGUUUCUGUGAAAGCCUUACUGAUUUCGAUAGGUGUUGUGCUCAUGAGUUUAGCCAUGAAAGUGUCUAUUCCAUUGAUGAUGGAGUUCCUGGGUUCUCACGUGCCAUUCAUGUGGAGCUCUUUCGCCACGUGGCUCAGGCCUCCGUAUCUCUACAUCAUCAUUAACGGCAUCAUCAUCACCAUUGUCGCCUCCUCGAGGCUCCAUCACCACCACGAUGAUCAGGUGGAGAUGACUAAACCGGCUCAUGAUCCGAUGACAAACUUUUCGGAUAAACCGGGCAAUAGCAGUAAUGGAUAUUAUGUGGAGACUAAGAUCGUUUCAUCGGAGUUCGGUAUGUCGGAACAGAUCCGGCCGACGCCACUGUACCAACAGAGUGAGGAGGAGGAAGAAGAAGCUGCGGUUACGAAGAGUGAUGAGGCUUAUGAUGAUGAUGAGCCAGUUGAUAAAUACGAAACUCAUGAUCAUCACGAGGCUAUCCUCUCGAGGUCUCUGCUGGUGGAGACACCUUCGCCUCCGAGGAGAAGUGACUCACCGGAAAUAUUUUAUCCACCGGUGGAGAAACCUCUUGUCUCUGCCAGGUUUGCUCACCGGAAACCCUUUAAACCAAUUCCCGAAGGCACAGGUGGAAAGUCGGCGUUGAAAGUAUCGAGGCCCAAACGACACGAAACGAUGGAAAAUACGUGGAAGGCGAUAACGGAAGGCCGUUCGAUGCCGUUAAGUAGGCACAUGAAGAAGUGUGAGUCCUUCGAAAAUAACGGCCGUCAUUUUAACGUGGGUGAGUUAGAACGGUCACAGCCGCUGUUCAAGAAGUCAGAGACUUUCAAGGACCGAACCAAUCAACCCGCGCCAGCUCAGCAUGGGACGUACUCGUCGUCGCCUGUGCCUAGCAAGAUCAGGAAGGAGCCGUCGUUGGGUCAGGACGAGUUGAACAAGCGAGUGGAAGCGUUCAUACAGAAGUUUAACGAGGAAAUGAGGUUGCAAAGGCAAGAGUCGUUGAAUCAAUAUAUGGAGAUGAUUAACCGUGGAAGCCACUAAUUACAUGUUUAUAUAUAUAUUAUUAAAAAAAACAAGUUUACGGGGUUUUUAAAUCUUGUCAAUAGUUCCUAUACUAUCACAAUUUGAUGACGUUAGCUUCAUCGAUUAAAAAAAAAUCUAGAGAUGACAAUUAUGGUUUUUUAAGGGUUCUUUUUGUCAUUCCAUAAUUAGAAGGGUGUGGUAUGGUUCUUUUUUAUCUGUACCCGAAAGAAGGGAGGGGAAAAAAAAUGUCUAUAGAAGCAUAGUACUGAGUGUAUUUCUUUUUAAUUUUUUUAGUGGUUGGUUUGUUCAUCUGUCAAUGAAUGAUUCAUAAAUCAUUAAUAUAUGUUUACUUUUCUUCUGUAUGUAUAAUUAUUGUUUAUACAUACUUUUCUUUUGUAUAUAAA